UGCCACCACCAUAUGUCGUCUCGUUCGGCCGGCACGCGCUUCCCCGCGCGUCGACUAGCUGUUCGCGGGGCGGCUCGUGCCGUCCAUCCGCUGCGGACCGCCACAACGUACGUCGCCGUGACCGCGCGCUCGCGUGUUUGUUGUCGUCGCGUCACCGUACCAGCAACAACGUGCCGUAACGAACGCGUGCGCUUUACGGGGCACCCGACAGAGUGGCUCACGCAGCGCGUUUUCCGGCGGCCAACCGUGUCUUCCGCGUUUCGACGAUAGGAUAUUAUUGAAUCAAACGCGACGGACAAUAACUGUAACCCGAACGGACAAGACGUUGAAACAAGAUUUGUAUUCAUAAGUGUGCGCACGGGGUAGUCAGGGGUAGGCACUUGAUUACACUGUGAACCUUCCCUACCUCACCAAAAUAUUCAAUAUUUAUCACAAUAAUAAAUAACCAUAUUAUGUUCAACCACUUCGGAAGUCUGUAAAUGUGUGUCCUGCAGUUCAAACAAAAAUAUACUAAUGAUGGAUAUGAUGCACUCAACUAACUCGCAUGCUGCGGGCUACAAGCGAUACGGCCUAGACUUAAACAGGAAUCAUGACGAAUCGUCUCAGCACAACGCAUAUUGGCAGUGGCAACACUCUGACGGUUCUUCAUCAGAAGGAUUUCACCAACAGAGCAGUAUUUUUAAUGCACAUCACUGGGACGUUAACAGGCCCUUACAACCAGAUGCAUGCAGUGUUGAUAUGCAGCCUUCUCCAUACUUCACGAAACACGUUCCCGAAUGGAAUGAUACUUGUUUUAGGAAAACAAAUGAUUAUACGCCAAAAAACCCUAGCAGUAAAGAAUCAAUAUCUCCUACAGUGGCAAGAAAAAGACGUUUAGCAGCUAAUGCAAGAGAACGCCGACGUAUGAAUGGCUUGAAUGAAGCAUUUGAUAGACUCCGUGAGGCUAUACCUACAUCUAUCGAAGAUGACCACAAACUUUCAAAAUAUGAGACACUACAAAUGGCUCAAAGUUACAUAUCAGCAUUAUGCAACUUACUAGAACAAGCUCAUAAGUAAAAUAUUACCUUAACACUAAAUAUAGUUUAAAUGUAUUUUUUUUUUCUUUACACAAAAAUGUUUUCUA